AUGGCUAGGACUUAUAGAACAGCUAGAAAAACAACAGCUUGUAAAGCAACACUGAACCAAAGGUCCAUCAUUCAGUCUUAUGAGAAUUAUGUAACGAACUCGACUCGUUCGCUUGUCGAACACGUUCAAGACAUCUAUGAGAGAUGUAUGGCGGCAGUUGAUGUAGGACUAGAGAUCACGCAUAUCGAGGUCUUUCAUAAUCUUAUAAACUCGCUUCCACCUCAAUGGAGAGACGUGAGAAUUGUGGUUAGAGAUGAGAUGCGCGGAGACGAGGUAGAAGAUGAGGCCGAGCCAGAGCUCGGGCUCGAGUAUGAAUCGAACCCUGAGGAAGAGCCUGAAUCGGAGCAUGAAGAUAACUUGGGGUUGGAGUUAGAGGAUAAUCUCGAGCCACAACCUGAGCCACAAGUCGAAAUAGAAAUAGAGUCCGGCCCCGAGGCAAAGGACUCCUUAGAAGACGAUGUUCCACCAAAGAAGAUUCGUAGGAUCCAUGGAAAUUAG